AUGCCAGUCUUCCUCGUUGUUACUCUCCACUGGGCUAUUGGACUUUUGAUGACGUUACCGCUAUGCCAGCCGUCCCUUGUUGUGACUUAUGAACUGAAAGGCGAGAUUGGAGAUUUCAAUAUCUCCAGCGUUAUUGGCGCCUUCAAUUUGGAUAUAAGACGCAGUGUUGUCAAUCUGUUUCGUCGUUGCUUCGGAUGCAAGGAAAAAAACGUUUCUACUACUUCUAUCAUAGUCUUACCGGUAUCAAAAUCGAGAUAA